CCGCCCCGCCUCUGCUCCGCCCCUCGGCCGGCGAGCCGGGGGCGGCGCGGGGCGGAGCGCGGAGGCGGCGGCCGCUGGCACCGCGCAGCUCGGGAGCGCGCCCCGCAGCUGGACCCGGCCGAGCCGUCCGCGGAACUCUUAGCCAUCAGGAACCAUGAGUAACCCAUUUGCCCACCUAGCUGAGCCUUUGGACCCUACAGAACCCGGAAAGAAAUUCUUCAAUUUGAAUAAAUUGGAGGAUCCAAGAUAUGGGCGCUUACCCUUUUCUAUCCGGGUCCUCCUGGAAGCAGCCAUUCGGAACUGUGAUCAAUUUUUGGUGAAGAAAAAUGACAUUGAUAAUAUCCUCAAUUGGAAUGUCAUGCAGCAUAAAAACAUCGAAGUGCCUUUCAAGCCUGCCCGUGUCAUCCUACAGGACUUUACGGGUGUGCCAGCGGUGGUGGACUUUGCUGCUAUGCGUGAUGCUGUGAAAAAGUUAGGAGGAGAUCCAGAGAAAAUAAACCCCAUCUGUCCUGCGGAUCUUGUGAUUGAUCAUUCAAUUCAAGUGGAUUUCAACAGAAGAGCUGACAGUUUACAGAAGAACCAGGACCUCGAAUUUGAAAGAAAUAGAGAACGAUUUGAAUUUUUAAAGUGGGGUUCUCAGGCUUUCCGCAACAUGCGGAUCAUUCCACCAGGAUCAGGGAUCAUCCACCAAGUGAAUCUGGAGUAUUUGGCAAGAGUGGUGUUUGAUCAGGAUGGGUAUUAUUACCCAGACAGCCUCGUGGGUACAGAUUCACACACAACCAUGAUCGAUGGCUUGGGUGUUCUCGGUUGGGGUGUGGGCGGAAUUGAGGCAGAGGCCGUCAUGCUGGGCCAGCCAAUCAGCAUGGUCCUUCCCCAGGUGAUCGGCUACCGGCUAGUGGGCAAUCCCCACCCCCUAGUCACCUCCACAGACAUCGUGCUCACCAUUACUAAGCAUCUCCGUCAAGUUGGGGUCGUGGGCAAAUUUGUGGAGUUCUUCGGCCCGGGCGUGGCCCAGUUGUCUAUUGCUGACCGGGCUACGAUUGCCAACAUGUGUCCAGAAUAUGGAGCAACUGCUGCAUUUUUCCCAGUUGAUGAAGUUAGUAUCAAGUAUCUGAUGCAGACCGGUCGCGAUGAAAAGAAAGUAAACCAUAUUAAAAAAUAUCUUCAGGCUGUGGGAAUGUUUCGAGAUUUCAGUGACUCCUCUCAAGACCCAGAUUUUGCCCAGGUCGUGGAAUUGGAUCUGAAAACAGUGGUACCCUGCUGUAGCGGGCCCAAGAGACCUCAGGACAAAGUCGCUGUGUCCGAAAUGAAAAAGGACUUUGAGAGCUGCCUUGGAGCUAAGCAAGGUUUUAAAGGAUUUCAGGUUGCUCCCAACCAACAUGGCAACCAGAAGACUUUCAUCUAUAAUAACAGCGAAUUCAGCCUUGCUCAUGGCUCGGUGGUGAUUGCUGCCAUUACUAGCUGCACGAACACCAGCAACCCUUCUGUGAUGUUGGGGGCAGGGUUGCUGGCCAGGAAAGCCGUGGAGGCUGGCCUGAAUGUGAAGCCGUACAUCAAAACUAGCCUGUCUCCUGGAAGCGGCGUGGUCACCUACUACCUGCGGGAGAGUGGAGUCAUGCCGUACCUGUCUCAGCUCGGGUUUGACGUGGUGGGCUACGGUUGCAUGACCUGCAUUGGCAACAGUGGGCCCUUACCGGAACCCGUGGUCGAGGCCAUCACGCAGGGAGACCUUGUGGCGGUUGGAGUACUGUCUGGGAACAGAAAUUUUGAAGGUCGUGUGCACCCCAAUACCCGGGCUAACUACUUAGCCUCCCCACCCUUAGUAAUUGCGUAUGCAAUUGCUGGCACCAUCAGGAUCGACUUUGAGAAAGAGCCCUUAGGAGUAAAUGCCAAAGGACAACAAGUCUUUCUGAAAGAUAUCUGGCCGACAAGAGAUGAAAUCCAGGCCGUGGAGCGGCAGUAUGUCAUCCCCGGGAUGUUUAAGGAGGUCUAUCAGAAAAUAGAGACUGUGAAUGAAAGCUGGAAUGCCUUAGCUGCCCCAACAGAUACGCUGUAUGGCUGGAAUCCCAAAUCUACCUACAUUAAAUCACCACCUUUUUUUGAAAAGCUGACUUUGGACCUUCAGCCCCCGGAGUCUAUAGUGGAUGCCUACGUGCUCUUAAAUCUGGGAGAUUCCGUCACAACGGACCACAUCUCUCCGGCUGGAAACAUCGCAAGGAACAGCCCCGCUGCUCGCUACUUAACUAACAGAGGCCUGACUCCACGAGAAUUCAACUCCUAUGGUUCCCGCCGAGGGAAUGAUGCCAUCAUGGCACGGGGGACAUUCGCCAACAUUCGCUUAUUAAACAAGUUUCUGAACAAGCAGGCUCCGCAGACUAUCCAUCUCCCAUCCGGUGAAGUCCUUGACGUGUUCGAUGCUGCUGAGAGGUACCAGCAGGCCGGACUGCCCCUCAUCAUUCUGGCUGGCAAAGAGUAUGGCUCGGGCAGCUCCCGCGACUGGGCCGCCAAGGGCCCCUUCCUCUUGGGAAUCAAAGCCGUCCUGGCGGAGAGUUAUGAACGGAUUCACCGCAGUAACUUGGUUGGAAUGGGAGUGAUCCCACUCGAGUAUCUCCCGGGGGAGAAUGCGGACACCCUGGGACUUACGGGGCGGGAACGAUACACUGUCAUCAUUCCAGAAGACCUCAAACCGCGGAUGAAAAUCCAGGUCAAGCUGGAUACCGGAAAGACGUUCCACACCAUCAUGAGGUUUGACACUGACGUGGAGCUCACGUACUUCCGCAAUGGGGGCAUCCUCAACUACAUGAUCCGCAAGAUGGCCAAGUAGCCCUGCCCAUCGCAGGAGCCCCGUGCUGAAAGGGCGCCCCCCCCCCCCCCCGGUGGAGAAGCUUGGGGGAGCAGCUGGGGGCACUGCCCUUUUCCUCCAGACUCCAAAUCAGCAGUUUCUACAUUCUCGAAUUUUGUUAAUCUUCUCAUCCUUCUCUAAACUCUGACAGUUAGCGAGGCGGGGAAACGUGAGUCUUCCAGGAAGAGAGCUCACCUUGAAAGUUACGGGGCAGAGUGUCACUUUCACUCUUGGCCUGCAGUAAGUCUUUCCAGAAGGCGGUUGGUUCCAACCCUCUUUGUGGUCCCUCCCUGUUGUCCUCAAGCAGCAAAGCCGUUUCCCUGAAGUAAUUUCCUUUCCCGAUACACCGGUGUUAGCUUACGUGGUAGAGAGGAAGGAGUUUCCUCGCCUGCCCUUCAGAUCAUAGCCGAGAUGUGGUUCUCCACCAGAUGCCUCCUGGACAGGUGACACACUGCGGUUGUUUUUAUUAUGUAUGUUACCUUUUGAUAGCUCAUCAUUAAAGACAUAUGCAGUUUUCCUUUUUGAUCUUUAAAAUUUUUCCCUGGAAAAAAAAUUUUCAUUCACUAAGAGGAGAACUUUCGUUGAGGUGGUUUUGGGGAGAGACGUGGAGCAUUCUCAUUGGAAUAAAAUUAAAUCUAUUUUCAAGGAAAA